AUGUCAUCAGAUGGGAAUAAUAUCCCCGUCGCUUCCACCGUCCUGGGGACCAUUGGGACUGUCUUGUGGUGCGUUCAACUGAUACCUCAGAUAUGGUACAAUUGGCGACAAAAGAAGACGGAUGGAUUACCUCCUGUUAUGAUGUUUCUAUGGGCAGCUUGUGCGGUCCCAAUGGGAACUUACAUGAUUCUUCAGAAAGUCAACGUCCCGCUGCAAGUGCAGCCGCAGAUGUUUUCCUUUUUCUCCCUCAUCAGCUGGGGCCAGAUCUUAUACUAUAACCAUAACUAUAGUUUGAGGAGGGCGACUUUAGCAGUUGUGGGCACCGGUGUACUUCUCGGCGGUCUGGAGACUAUGUUUAUUCUCUGUCUUCGCAUACCCUACAAUAAGGGAAUUACAUGGCCAGAUCUGCUAUUCGGUGCCAUUGCAGCCGUCAUGCUCGCACUCGGGCUGAUCCCGCCGUAUUUUGAGAUCCGGAAGAGGAAGGGUCGAGUAGUCGGAAUCAAUUGGUUCUUCCUGGCAAUGGACACUGCAGGUGGUCUGUUCUCCCUGUUUGCCUUGGCUGCGCAGGGGUCUUUCGAUAUACUAGGAGGAAUCAUGUACAUUAUUGUCGUUGUCCUAGAAGGUGGUAUUUACAUUAGCCAUAUCAUCUGGCGCAUUCGCAAUCGCAAGCUGCUCAAGGAAGCCAAGGCGGCUGGUAAGAGCGUUGACGAGAUGCUCGAGUUGCAGAGCAAGGAGAGCGAAGACCACAAUGAGAGUGGAGAUGGCGUGCUUUCCACUCGACCGGGCGACCUGGAAAGUCAUGGAGCAUCGGGACAGCCAGAGAAAGAGCAAGCGCAAGAGCAAGAGCUGUCGAUAACCGACGAGAAACAAUAA